GAAGCCAAGAGACAUUGUCUUCACGUCCCAUCCCAAAUCUUGACGUUCCCUAUAUACAUCUCUCGUCCUGGUUUCUUAUUAGGACCUCUUACAAGAGAACCAAAACUAUCUGCAGGAGUAAGGAACGUCACCCAAAGUUUCAUCUUUGAUGUGUUUAACUAGGUAAAAGCGGUGAAAAUCAAGUUCAAAUGGAACCCUAGAUUAUGUUUGUGUUAAAAACUAUGAAUGCGAGUCGAAGUUCAUGUGGAGACUAACUGAACAUCAAAACGGACAGAAGGAAAUAACUGGAUUCGUCAGAAUUGUAGGUGUUAUUAUUGCACCAUCAGUAGCUAGCCCCAUCAAUAUCUAAAUGAAGACCAGAAAUGCCAUUAUAUAAGGACGUUUGACAAUUCUGAAGAUAAGGACAGAGGGUUGUUACAAGAAUCACCGGUAUCAACUCGAAUUCGAAGAGCUCGGGGAAUCAUGAACGGGCCCGUCGGAGAGGACCCCGAGGUGGUGGUCGACACGGGAGCUGGAAGAGCCAGUCGACACAUCGACAACAAAGAUAUUUCAAACCACCGAUCAGAAGAAAUGUUUGGGGGUGCUGACAAGGACCGUAAGAAGGGCCACCAGAACGGGCAUGCUAGCCCGGUCAGCAAUGGACCCAGCUCUCCUAUGAGCCCAGCUGCACAAAUACUCAACUUCGAGAACGAGGUUGGAGAGACACCACAACAGCGUGUGCAGUUCUUGUUGGGUGGCGAAGGAGAAAAUCAGAAAGAGACACCACCAGUCUACUCGGAAAUGGAGGAAUUGUUUUAUGACAAAGAGGGUCGAUUACUGGAAUGGAAAGAAACGGCGAGAUGGGUGAAAUACGAAGAGAAUGUCGACCACGGCGCCGGUAGAUGGAGCAAACCUCACGUUGCCACCCUGUCCCUUCACAGUCUCUUCGAACUCCGGAAGUUCAUCAGAAAUGGUGGAGUCCAACUCAACAUGGAGGCUGAGGAUCUCGAACAAAUCAUUGAUCUUGCACUGGACCAUCUGGUAGCCACAAACGUGCUGGAGGAGGACCAGCGAAUCAUCGCCCGUGAGGCCCUCCUUACCCGCCAUCGUCAUCACAAACAGAAGAAGAAGAAGGAGCCUGAAAACAAAGCCUACAAUAAAGGACGAAGGAAAAGCAGCAUGUUCCCCGGUAUGGACCGCAGUAUGUCCGAUAUUGGCCGCAGUCAGUCCACAGGAAACAACACAGUCAGCAUGGAACAAGAGGCACAAAUGAAGGAAGGAGAGAUGAGGAAAAACUCGAGCGCAAAUGCUUUGACGAAAAUGCCCGAAGGUGCCCGAACAGAGAGCAGAGGGUCUGUCGGAAGGGUCGGCACAUCGGAGAGUCUAGACCAGAAGGAGAAAGAAGUUAAAAAUGAGAAGGCCAAAUUCCUUCGAAAGAUCCCGGCCGGUGCCGAGGCCUCCAAUGUACUCGUGGGCGAGGUCGACUUCGUUGAGAAGCCCAUGGUCGCCUUCAUCCGCCUUGCCGAGGGUAAAAUCCUCUCCGAGAUCACCGAGGUGCCCAUCCCGACCCGCUUCGUCUUCCUCCUGUUAGGACCCCCUACAGAGGAUAAGAAGAAAUACCGUGAAAUCGGCCGUUGCAUGGCAACCCUUAUGACAGACGAUGUCUUCCACGAAGUAGCUUACAAAGCAAGAGAUAGGGAAGAUCUAUUAGCCGGUCUUGAUGAGUUCUUAGAACAGGUCACUGUACUACCCCCAGGUACGUGGGAUCCUAAUAUCCGUAUCGAACCCCCCAAGCAGACGCUAUCAUCUGAAAUGAGAAGACAAUCUCAGCACUUCAUCCAUCCCAGUGACGCAAUCAAGGAAGAAGAUGAUGACAAAUUUGAUCUUGCCAGAACAGGAAGAUUAUUCGGUGGUUUAAUCCAAGACAUCAAGAAGAAAGCACCGUUCUAUUGGAGCGAAUACUACCACGCCCUCAACAUCCAAUGCUUGGCAUCCUUUGUUUUCAUGUACAUCGCCUGUAUCACCCCCAUCAUCACAUUCGGCGGUUUGCUUGGUGAUGCCACGGAUGACUACAUUGCUGCUUUUGAGAGUUUGAUUGGAGCUGCCAUCUGUGGAGUUGCGUACCAUCUCUUCUCUGGUCAACCUCUUACGAUUAUCGGUAGUACGGGGCCUAUCCUCAUCUUUGAGACGAUCAUGUACCAACUUUGUGGGUCGUUUGGAAUUGAUUAUAUCUCGUUCCGUGUUUGGAUCGGAUUUUGGACUUGUGUGAUCUGCAUCAUCUUGGUGGCUACGGAUGCCAGUGCCUUGGUUCGAUACUUCACCAGGUUCACGGAAGAGGCUUUCUCGUCUCUCAUCUCGUUCAUCUUCAUCGUAGAAGCCUUUGAGAACCUGUUCGAGAUCAGUCACGAGUACCCGAUCAAGACUAAUGUGAAGAUCGGUGAGUACUUCGACGAGCACGCCAUGAACGUGACGGAAUGCAUGUGCGAGUACCAGAACGAGACCAUCGACCCAACUCACUACAACUGGACAGAGGUGACCGAAGAAGACUGUAAAGCCGUCAACGGAACCCUGACCGGAGACUGUGAAACCCACCACGAGCCCGUCCCCGAUGUCUUCCUGUUCUCCUGCGCGCUUUUCUUUGGCACCUUUGUCCUCGCCUAUGCUCUCAAGAACUUCCGCAAUAGCAACUUCUUCCCAACCAAGGUCCGCUACAUCAUCAGUGAUUUCGGUGUGUUCAUGGCUUUCUUGGCCAUGACUGGAAUUGAUAUCUGGGUGGGCAUCCCGACUCCUAAGCUCACCGUACCAGACACAUUCAGGCCUACUCGCCCAGACCGUGGAUGGGUGAUCCCACUCUUCAACAACCCCUGGUGGACUUACUUCGCCGCCAUCGUCCCGGCCCUUCUCUGCUCCAUCCUCAUCUUCAUGGACCAACAGAUCACGGCCGUCAUUGUCAACCGUCGCGAAAAUAAACUCAAGAAAGGAUUCGGCUACCAUCUGGAUCUCCUCGUCAUCGCCAUUCUCCUCUUCGUCAUGUCCGUGCUCGGUAUGCCGUGGUUCGUCGCCGCUACCGUUCUCUCUAUCAACCACGUCGACAGCUUGCGCGUCAUGUCGGAGACCACCAUCCCCGGAGAGCCUCCCAAGGUCGAAGGCUGCAGGGAGCAACGUGUUACCGGUAUCCUGGUGUUUGCUUUGAUUGGUGUAUCCAGUCUGCUAACUUCAGUUCUUAAGUUCAUCCCCAUGCCUGUUCUCUUUGGUGUUUUCUUGUACAUGGGUAUCUCAUCACUGCGUGGAGUUCAGUUCGUGGACCGUAUCAUGUUGUACCUGAUCCCGGCCAAACAUCAACCCGACUAUGUCUACCUUCGCCACGUGAAGCUAUGGAGGGUUCACCUCUUUACCCUGGUCCAGCUGACGUGUCUUGUUCUGCUCUGGCUCAUCAAGACAUCAAAGGCAUCAAUCGUCUUCCCUCUCAUGGUGUUGGCUGUUGUCUUCGUCCGUAAACUCAUGGAAUUCGUGUUCACUCAGUACGAGUUGAACGUACUGGAUGACGUCAUACCUGAAAGUCAAAAGCGCGCCAAGGACGACGAGGAAAAGAUUUUGGAGGAGGAACGCGAGCAGGUGACCCGCGCUCGCACAGGUACACUCACCAUCGCACUGGAGAGUGGUCAGACCUUGACUGUGCCCGCUGAGAAGGUGACGUACACCCCACGUGACUCGGAAAUGAACUCUGAAAUCGAGAACGCCAAGGCGCUGAGUAAGCUCAGCGGAUCGCCCCUACCCACUGUCCGCAACCGCCGUGCCGCGUCUAAAACAAUCAAGGACGUAGAAGCAAACCCAGAAGAAGGAAUCGAACUCCCAAGCGGUACCUCAAGUUUCGGCGUUCAGGCCGAUAUGGACGAUACGCGUUUUUAAAAGAAAAGAACGCGAAAAGGCCGUCAAUUUUAUGACGUAACAAUCAACCAAAUUUCGGGUGAUUUCAAGAUGGUCUUUGAAACCGACCUACCGUUCCGACUGGUUCAAUUUAAUUUUACAAUAAGAUGGUAGAAUCUAGGCCAAUAUGUUGGAUAUAUUUGGUGUGAUUGAGCCUUAUGUUGCCCUACAUGGUGACGUAAUCAGAGGGUAGCAUGUAGUUUACAGGUGAUGUAAACAAGUUUAAAUUUGCCACAAUACUUCUUGUAACGCGUAUAUCUCGUCAAAACACUUGUGCGCAUGUGCGUCAUAGAAAUUGCACCGAAAUCUUCAGUUGGCCUAUAUAAUGAUGGAAAUUCAAGAGGAGCUAUAAAAAUAAAGAGAAGGCUUAUUGUUCGAUUCUACCUUAGCAAUCACUUGAUGAGAAUUCUCCAACAUAGAUUACAAAUGUAAAUAUUACAAAAACAUGUGAUUAUCUUCAUACAGAAUUUCUUGAUUUUUAUAUAUGGAGGGGGUGAUAUAUGCAUAUAACCGUCUUCCAGAUUUAUAGAUUAAAUUCUUGAAAUGUAGGAUCACGUGUUUUGUGAUUUUAAAAUCUUGUAGAUUUCACAAAUUUCUAACAGUCUUCCGCGGUAAAAAGUAUUCAUUUUGUAUUCAUUUGCACGCGUGUGUGUGAAAAUAUAUUCAUCUCCUUUUAAAAAUAGAAAUACUGAAGAACCGAACAGAAUUGGGAGAGGGUGUGUCUACUUCCAUAAUAAAAUGCUAAGUAUUUGACAUGAAAUUGGAUUAUGGUGUGUGCUUUGCCUUUGCGGAUAAUUCCGUAAAAAAUGUAAUUUCACAUAUUCAAAAAUCACAAAUCUAAUGGUAUUCAUGAUUUAUGCUUAGCCAGCUAUCAACUCAGAAAGAAAUGUUAAUGAAUUCCUAUGCAUCUGUGCGUUUUUAAGUCUUUCUUCUGAUCAGUCUUUCAAAGCAAUCUUGAAUAAAUUUUCAAAGCAAUUUCGAAAUGAAUUUUAGUAAUGAACGCAAUGAUACAUUUGUAUAUUUUAUUCAAUAAUUACAUAAAUAAAAAAUAUUUUAUUCAAUAAUCGUUUAUCGUAAAU